UGACACAACAGACGGGCCGAGGUGGCUGUGGAGGGACUGAGAGAGCUGUGGAGACAAGUGAGAAAAAUGAGCAAGAGCGAAAAAGAUGGGAUCAUUGAGGGUGGGGUCACCAGACUAGCUCAGCAGACGGUGAGGGGAACAAGGGUUGCCGCUGUGCGUUUGGCUUGCUUAAUCGCUAAAUCUUCUCUAAUCGGGAUGAGAGGGAGAGAGCAUGCUGCCUGAUUUAAGACUGCACAGUCUGUGUCGGGACCUGCAAGGAGGACAGACACCCUAGGUGCCCAUUAUAAGAGACGGAGGGAGGGGGCAGACAAGAGCAACAUACUCUUUGGGGAACUUCAGACUAAGCAGUUUUUUCAAAGGGAGGGAAGCAACAAAAUGCUUUCAGCCAUCAAAAAGAAGGGGACUCUCAAUGGAUGGAUUCUUUCAGGAUGAGAAUGGCACGCAGAAGACAAGACGCUGAGCUGUGAUCCCGGCAGAGGGGUCUGGGAGGCAGGGGGCUCAUGGCCUCGACACGUGACGACCCCCACUUGGGCACUGGGCCAUGUGAGGAUUCUGAGAUGAACCUGGAUGAUUCAGACUUUGCAAGUGUCCUCUCUGACGACUCAGUGCUUCCUAACUUUGAAAGAGACAACACAUAUGCAGAGUCUCCUAAAACACUCUAUGAGGCAUGUCUUCGCAAUGAUCCCUUCUCCCUGCGAAGGAUUCUGGAGAGAGGCGUGACCAAGGAAGAGGCCAUGGAGUUGGACAUUAACGGCAAGAGUGGACUAAUGGUGGCUGUGAGCAAAGGGUUUGUGGACAUCGUCACCACGCUGCAUGUAUGCCCACUAAUAGACAUAAACCACCAAGACAAUGAUGGCAACUCUGCCCUCAUGAUUGCAGCCCAGGCCGGCUUCACCACUAUUCUCAACUACAUCCUCAACUACUACUCUGGUGUGGACACUGAGGUCAGGGAUCCUCGUGGCUUUACCGCCCUCAUCAAGGCAGGCAUGCAGGGCAGAGAGGACUGUGUGUCGGCCCUGCUCAUGCACGGUGCCGAAAUGAAUGCAAUGGACCAUGUUCAAGCUCGUGGUUUGAAGGAUUGGGUCUUGAAGACGGGAAGAUUUGAGACGAUGAACAGAAUCCGCUAUCUGCAGGCUCAUCCUGUGGCUGAGCAGUUUUGUGAGCACUACGCACCUGAGUGGCCGCAGCUCAAACAGCUGGUGGCAAAGGCCAUUGCCACCAAGACCACAAGCCAGAGACUGCGGCAGCGCUUAAAGGACAGCUUCACCUUCAGCUUCCCUCAGGACCCCCAAGCCAACGGGGUCAUGGACCACAUGGUGCGCAUGACCACAAGCAUCCACAGCCCCCUCAUAGCCACGGCUUGCCAUCCACUGUGUCCCAGCAGCCCCCCAGAAAUCGGGAAGCGGCGCUUUGCCGUUCCCGAACUACUUGAGAAGCACAGCAGCAAGGAGCUGGAGGAAUGCACUGUGUCUCAUAGCAACGGCUCUCUCACUGCCUCUUUUCCCAGCACUGCAUCAGUCGCCUCGGUAUAUCUGACCUCCUGCUGCCAGGAGGCAGAGCACAAGGACAGCGCGCCAGUCGGGAGCAUGAGAGGCUUCAUUCCCCGCAGCAUGGCGCACAGGAACAGCAUCUUCCCCACGGGCUGUGUCCCCAAAAUUGAAGUGACCAAAUCUGGCGAACCCACCCCAAAGAAAGAGAAGAAGAAGAAAAGGCAGAAGGGCUACCUGGAGCCUCCUGUGUGGAGGUACAAGGAGGCCAAGGAGGAGAAAAAGAGGGAAAAGAACAAGGAAAUGCAAAGAGAGCAAGAAAGAAUAUCCAAGGUGUCCAAAAACGAAAACAAAACAUGACUCAAAUUGGAAGUUUCCACAGAUGAUUGUUGAUUCCUUUGAAGACUAUUUGGACAAAAUUUGUAUCAGCUGCCGGAGUAAAUAUAUGCAAUAUUGAUUGGAUUCACAAAACAUGCCCAGUCUUCCAUUCAAUUAGGUUUUAGCUAUUUUUUAUUCAUUAAUUAAAACAUAAAUUAGUAUUCUAGCUGGGUGAUCAGAGUGUUACCUGCCACUGCGCUGGCAUUUGUUUACCCUGUCCCUGUAUACUGAAAAUAAAUACGCCUUCUAAAUUUGAAACACUACAGAAAGGAUUGUUGUUAACAAUUCUGCUCAAUAUGAAUAAUUAACAAAAUUGCCAAGUCCAUAAAGUAAAAUGAGGCUUCAAAAACAUGAAAAAUGCCUUUGUCACCACUGUCAAAUACUGUGGGCAUCUCUGAUGAAAGCCUCCGCUUGCUGGAAUGAAGCCCACCAGGUCACGGCGGCGCUUUGCCCGCCAUGAUGAGCGUUGCCAGACACCAGCUAGCUUAUAAGCUAACAGGCUUCCAGGCUCCUCUUGGUUGCCUGAGGGGCGGCUGGCUCAUCGCCCAACUAUGUCAUUGAGCUUCAAGUUUUACUACAAUGGGGGAGGGUGAAUCAUGUUGGAUAUCCAAGCAUGGAUUUGGAAGCCACGUUAGCCAUCGUUUUCAGUCUUUCACAUCAGCAGUAAUUAUCUACAAACAGGUAUGAUGUGCUUAGAAAGGGUUCCUCAGCAUUUUUAACAAAAUCACCACAUUGACACCUAACAAUGUGGCCGUGUUUGAGCAUUUUUAAUCUCAAAUGAUAAUGGAAGCCAUAUUGAACAUAUAGUAUGCUGGAUAUUUUGGUUAAAGAAAAAGACAAGAGCGACUGUAGCUUUCGCUCUGUGUGCAACCUGUACUGGAGCAUCUACCAGAUGCCUUUUAUGUCCUCAUGAGAGGACUUUUAUCACAUUUCUUAAACACCUCAGGAAUAUCUCUCUCUCCCUCUAUUAGUUCUCACAGAAUUUUACCAAGACGUUUUGGACAGUUCUAUCUUACCAUUAAACAGUUUGGGGAAAGGCCAUUUUCCCUUCCCAGAAAACAAAGUAAGGUUUACAAUAGGCAUGCUCAUAUGAGCGUGGUGUGGGAGAAAAAUCAAGGCACAAAUAUUCUUGAUAAUGAGUGUCAAACAAUCCCAACAUGCUACGUGUUGCGCUUAUUAAACACAGACGCACGUCAGUCGUUCCAAACGUCACUGAGAUUGUUUCUCUUGCGAGAUCGCAAGAGUGUAUUGAUUGUGGUGACACAGCCCAUCAUGUAUGGCCCAUGCGUUGGGAUCAUUACAUUGAGUGGCUACUUAUGUAUUCUUCUCAAUGUGCAACAAAAGCUAAAAACCAAAGACAU